UCUUCUUGUCACUUUAGUAGAAGUCUGUCCACUUUCACUUGUGACGAAGAACAUUUUUUUAUGAACUUGAUCUAUUUAUGGCAUGUAAAUUGUUUUUUGAAUGGAGCCACAAAGUAUGGCGAAUGUUUUCAAACGCAUGUUUGAUUUCAUCAUGGCCCAAAGAGAGAGACAACAAAGAUGCAAUUUAUUUAAUAAAAGCUAAAAUAAAUUGACUUUAAAAAUCGAGAAAUAAACGAAAUUAUUAGUUAGUUAAUAAAUCAAUUUCCUCAUUUUUUUGUUUUCCGAAUUUCCAAACUCACCGAGUCACUGCACUGAAUUGAAAGGGACCGCCGGCCACCGCACAACCGCCGUCGACCACCAGCUUCCCCGCUGCAGCACUUCCCAAUGGCUGAAUUCCUUGACCUGGAAACGCAGGACUCCGUCCGCAUGCCGUGGAACGUCCUCCCCGGCACGAAAGUCGACGCCGCGAAAUGCGCCAUCCCGAUCUCUGCCGUCUACACUCCCUUAAAACCCCUGCCGGCGUCCACGCCGCUCCUCCCCUAUUCACCGCUCCGGUGCCGCAGCUGCCGAUCCGUGAUCAACCCGUUCUCGAUCGUCGAUUUCUCCUCGGUGAACAAGAUAUGGAUCUGCAGCUUCUGCCUCCAGCGCAACCACUUCCCGCCGCACUACCAGUCCAUCUCCGAUCAAAAUUUACCGGCGGAGCUCUUCCCGCAGUACACGACGAUUGAGUACGAGACCACCGCCCCGAACGAGAAGCCGCCGGCUGGGAGCAGUAACGUGUUUUUGUUUGUUGUGGAUACUUGCGUCAUUGAGGAGGAAUUGGGUUUUUUGAAGUCUGCGCUGUUGCAGGUGUUGGGAAUGGUGCCCGAAAAUUGUUUGGUUGGGUUGAUUACUUUUGGGACAUAUGUGCAUGUCCAUGAACUGGGAUUUGGGCAGAUUCCAAAGGUUCACGUGUUCAAGGGGACAAAGGAGGUUAGCAAGGAUCAGUUGUUGGAGCAGAUGGGCUUCUUUUCAAAAAGGCCAAAGCCAACUACGGGUGUGAUUGCAGGGGUGAGAGAUGGACUAUCACAGGAAAGCAUUGCAAGGUUUUUGUUGCCUGCCUCCGACUGUGAGUUCGUUCUGAAUUCGAUCUUAGAGGAGCUUCAAAAGGAUCCAUGGCCGGUUCCAUCAGAUCAACGGGCUGCUAGAUGUACUGGGACUGCAUUAAGUUUGGCUGCCCAUUUGUUGGGAGUAUGUGUUCCUGGUUCGGGAGCUAGAAUCAUGGCAUUUUUGGGUGGGCCGUCAACAGAAGGGCCAGGAGCUAUAGUUUCUAAAAAUCUGUCUGAGCCUAUUCGUUCUCACAAAGACUUGGACAAAGAUUCUGCUCCGCACUACCACAAAGCAGUGAAGUUUUAUGAAGGACUUUCUAAACAACUAGUUCAUCAGGGCCAUGUGCUAGAUGUUUUCGCUUGUUCCCUUGAUCAGGUAGGAGUUGCUGAGCUUAAAGUAGCAGUUGAGAAAACUGGAGGACUUGUUGUUCUUGCUGAAAGUUUUGGCCAUUCAGUUUUUAAGGAGUCGCUAAGAUGUGUUUUUCAAUCUGGCGAUCAUGAUCUGGGAUUGUCAUCAAAUGGUAUAUUUGAGAUAAACUGCUCAAAGGAUAUCAAAAUUCAAGGAAUUAUUGGACCCUGUGCAUCACUUGAUAAGAAAGGUCCUUCCUGCUCUGAAACUGUCAUUGGACAAGGAAAUACUACUGCGUGGAAGUUGUGUGGCCUUGACAAGACUACUUCCUUGUGUAUUAUAUUUGAUGCUACCAAGAAAGAGAGCCCAGAUUUUAUUACUCCGGCAGCCAACAACCAGUUUUAUUUCCAGUUUCUGACAUAUUAUCAGCAUGGCAGUGGACAAAUGAGACUUCGUGCCACUACUCUUUCUAGAAGAUGGGUUGCUGGACCUGGAACUAAAGAGGAUCUUAUAUCAGGAUUUGACCAAGAAGCAGCAGCAGUGGUAAUGGCACGCCAGGUUUCUACCAAAAUGGAAACUGAGGCUGAAUUUGACCCUAUAAGAUGGCUGGAUAAAUCAUUGAUACACAUAUGUUCUCAAUUUGGGGAGUACCAGAAGGAUAGUUCAUCUUCUUUUAGUUUGUCUUCGAGACUAUCGAUAUUUCCUCAGUUCAUGUUUCAUUUAAGGCGUUCACAAUUCGUUCAGGUCUUCAAUAACAGUCCGGAUGAGACAGCAUACUUUAGAAUGAUACUGAACAGAGAAAAUGUUUCUAACUCUGUCGUUAUGAUUCAACCGUCUUUGAUUUCCUACUCUUUCCAUUCCGCACCAGAACCUGCUCUUCUUGAUGUGAUUUCCAUUGCUGCUGAUAGAAUACUUCUCUUGGAUUCGUAUUUCACUAUUGUUGUAUUUCAUGGAUCCACUAUUGCACAAUGGCGAAAAGCUGGAUAUCAUGAACUGCCCGAACAUCAGGCAUUUGCAAACUUGCUACAAGCUCCACGUGAUGAUGCAAAUGCAAUAAUGAGAGACAGAUUUCCAGUACCUCGCCUUGUAAUCUGCGAUCAACACGGUUCUCAGGCCCGUUUUCUGCUAGCAAAAUUGAAUCCUUCAGCUACUUACAAUUCCGAUACUCCAGCUGUCCCGGGAGGCGACAUAAUAUUCACUGAUGAUGUCAGCUUUGAGGUCUUCUUAGAUCAUCUUCAGCGUUUGGCAGUUCAAUAGAAUCUCUCUUUACGAACAUUUGCUGAGGUUAGAUAGCAUAAUCCAUUUUGUAACUCGCAUUCUCUGGAGUGUACAGUUAUUUAUAUGAACAUCUGCAUCUCAGUCAGUUUAUUUGUGAUGGGCCUGUAAGUUUUCUUGUGAUCCUAAUAAGGUAUGAUAUGAACACAUGGUUUUUUUUUGCUAUGUGGAUCACUUUAUUUUUCGUCUCAAAUCUUCCUCAAGAGGAG